AUGGAAGCAUUGCUGUGGAUAAGAGACAAACAUUUUGGUUAUUGUUUAGUAACAUUUGUAUUUGCUAUAAUGGUACUCAGAAAUUUUGAUGAAGGAUUGAAAGCAGCAGGAAAUGUACAUAUUAAAGAAGAACAGAUUGAAGAUAAUACUCCUCUGACACAAAAAAUACCUGAAAAUUCAUCAUCUUCGGUAAAUAAUGACGCAGAAAAAAAUUCAAGUACCGGAUCAAAAAAUAAUAAUUUAAAUAAUUUGGAGAAAACUCAAAAUGACUCAUUAUUAGUAGUAGAUCAAGAUCGAGAAAAGCGAAAAAUAACAAACGAAAAUGGUUCGUCUUCAGAUAAUAUUGUAAAAAUAGAACCUCAAAUAGCAGCUAUUCAUGCUUGGAUUUCAAAAUUACCAAAUUCUGAACCCAUUCUUCCCGUUGUUGAAAAUACCACUACAGAUAAUCCUGAUAGAGGAAUUUUAGAAGAGAAUAAAGAGAUUUCUGGGCCUUCAAAUCCUAAAAAAGCAAAAAAAUCUUUCGUAGAUUGUUUAUUGGAGGGUGAAGAAUUAGAAGAUUAUUAUGUUUCUGAAGAAAUUCUUAUUAAAAAACGAGAGCUUCAAAAUUUACUCGAGUUAUUCGAUCAAAAAGCUCUUGAUGCUCAAAAUGCCUAUGAAGAAUUUAUCAAAGAACUUGAGAAACAUCCCGAUUAUUGUUCUACAGUUGAACCUCCAAAGUUUGAUAAAGAUGUUAUAUAUACAUUGGUAGGAUUGAAUAAUGAAAUCUCUACAAAAAGAUGUAAGUAA